AUGGUUCAGAGGGGAGCUCGACUGGGCACAAAGGUAAUCCGGAAACAAGGUCAGGGUAGAGCAGCACCCAUUUCGAAACCCAGCGAGAAUGCAUAUCAGAGAGCACUCCCGGCAUCCCAGAGAGCACUGCCGGCAUCCCAGAGAGCACCCACUUCGGCACUCAGCCAGAAUGCAUCUCAGAGAGCACUGCUGGCAUUCCAGAGAGCACCGCCAGUACCCACACAGUCUAGGCCUUCUGAACCUGUUUAUUAUUCUCAUGAUUACAACUCUUCAACGCGCCAUAUCGAUCUUUCCUCAAUGCGCUCUCAAUACGGGGAGUCCUUACCUACUUACUGGCCAUAUCGUUCUUCACCUCCCAUUGACGGAAUUGGCGAGAGCUUUCUCAACCUCGACCUCAAUGUCGCUCGCGCCGCCCCCACCCCUACCGCCUCUGUCCCCGUUGCCGCUGCUCCCCCAGCUGCUACUGUCCCCGCCUUCAGGUCCGAAAAGUUUCCAGACCCUAAAAAAUUCGACGGCACCCAUACCAAGCUACCCGGAUUCACCACCCAACUCCGAAUGAAACUUGAGGUCAAUCAUGAUCGAUUCCGAAACGAGGCAGCAAAAAUUAUCUAUGCUGUUAGCCGCUUGGAAGGAAGGGCCCUUGACCAGGUUGUCCCACUCAUUAAUGCUAACCCUGCUGCCCCCUUCUCCUCUGUUACUGCCUUCGUUGCCCACCUGGAAGCCUCGUUUGGAGACACAGAUCCCCGGGGUACCACCCGUCGCCAACUCGUCGCCUUGAAGCAAGGCAAGGGGGACUUCGCCACCUAUUACUCACAGUUCCUCCGUAUUUACCCCUAUUGCGAGUUCCUAUACCGUUCCCUAUUACACUCUUCGUACCCUGCGGAAUACUCACUACUCAACCCCUUGAGAGUAGCCUACCUAAACUACAACGAAGGAGCCAAGAUCGAUGCCCUGGCCGAAGGACUGUCGGAAGAUCUGAAGGAUGCCAUGACAUACCGGACAGACAGGCCUAACACGGUAGAGGCAUGCGUGACCAUGUUAAUGACAAUCGAAAACCAGGUUCGGGGCCGUAAAGUGGAACAACGGGCCAUCCGUAAUACGAUGGGACAAUUUACCGCCCCCGCCGCUGUCGCACACCUAUUUCAUACCACCGGAGGCCUCGCUCCAAUGGACCUCUCCGCCCUCCAAGUCCGUCCCGCUCAACGCUCUACCAUCGAACAACGAUACACCUUUGUCAAAGGACAACGCAAAACCUCUGCCGCCGAAAAAUAA